AUGCUUAUGUCAAUGUUAAUGCAUUAUUAGUCUAGCAUGUUAGUGCUAAAUAUGGUUUUUCAGAAAUUUACCAACAACUCCUAUUCUCUUCUUUGGCUUCCAUCAUUGCUGAUUCUGCUAAGUAGUGCUUCAGUCAAUGGUGUUGAACAAAAGAAGUUUUACAUUGUUUUCCUAGGAGCUCACCCUGUUAGUAGAGAAGGAUCAAUAGAGAGUCAUUUAAAUAUUCUCUCAGCUGUUAAACAAAGCCAUGUUGAAGCCAAAGAAUCCAUAGUAUACAGCUACACAAAGAGCUUUAAUGCAUUUGCUGCUAAACUGUCUGAGGAUGAAGCAAACAAGUUAUCUGCCAUGAAUGAAGUUCUCUCAGUACUUUCAAAUAAGUACCGCAAGCUACACACAACAAGAUCAUGGGAUUUUAUUGGAUUACCUUUGACAGCUAAGAGAAAACUGAAACAAGAAAGUGACACUAUCGUUGCUAUUUUAGAUACAGGGAUCACUCCUGAGUUUCGAAGCUUCAAGGACGAUGGACUCGGUCCUCCACCCGCCAAAUGGAGAGGAACUUGCGACAAAUAUGUUAAUUUCUCAGGCUGCAAUAACAAGAUCGUUGGAGCCAAAUACUUCAAACUUGAUGGAAGGUCAGAAUCAUCUGAUAUAUUAUCUCCCAUAGAUGUGUCAGGGCAUGGAACUCAUACAGCAUCAACAGCAGCAGGCAACCUUGUCCCAAAUGCAAGUCUCUUUGGAUUAGCGAAUGGGACCGCUCGCGGAGCAGUGCCUUCAGCAAGGUUAGCAAUAUACAAAGUGUGCUGGAAAGAGGAUGGAUGUGCUGAUAUGGAUGUACUUGCUGGUUUUGAGGCUGCUAUAGACGAUGGUGCGGAUGUCAUAUCCGUUUCCUUGGGUGGAGAAAAUUCAAAUUAUUUGCAGGACUCUAUAUCAAUUGGUGCAUUUCAUGCCAUGAGAAAAGGCAUAAUUACUGUCGCCUCAGCCGGAAACGAUGGACCAACUAUGGCAACUGUCGAAAAUCAUGCUCCAUGGGUUGUUACGGUAGCUGCUAGUGGCAUUGACAGAGACUUCCAUAGUACUGUAGAGUUGGGGACCAGAACAAAUGUUUCUGGAGAAGGAGUAAACACCUUCAGUCCAAAACAAAAACAGUACCCACUUAUUAAUGGGAUGGAUGCAGCGCGAAACUCUUCAAGCAAGGAUAAUGCUAAGUUCUGCGCCAAAGGCUCCUUAGAGCCAAAUAAGGUGAAAGGAAAGAUUGUUUACUGUAAAUUUAGAACAUGGAGCACUGAAGCUGUUGUGAAAGCAGUAGGAGGAAUUGGUACUAUAGUUGAAUAUGAUGAAUUUCAAGAUUCUCCUGAAACAUUCAUGGCUCCUGCUACAUUUGUGAAUAGAAGCACAGGUCAAAUUAUUACCAAUUAUAUACAAUCUACAAGAUCACCAUCAGCAGUGAUACAUAAGAGCCAUGAAGUGAAAAUACCAGCUCCAUUUGUUGCUUCUUUUUCAUCUAGGGGUCCAAAUUCAGGAUCUCAACAUGUUCUCAAGCCUGAUGUAACAGCUCCUGGCAUUAGCAUCUUGGCAUCAUUUACACUUAGGCACUCAAUUACUAGUAUAGAAGGGGACACUCAAUUUUCAGUAUUUACACUAAUGUCUGGCACUUCCAUGGCAUGCCCUCACAUUUCUGGAAUAGCAGCAUAUGUGAAGUCAUUUCACCCAAAUUGGACCCCUGCUGCAAUCAGAUCAGCUAUAAUGACUACAGCUAAACCAAUGAGCCAGAAAGUUAACAAGGAGGCUGAGUUUGCAUUUGGUGCCGGUCUAGUUAACCCAACAAGAGCUUUGAAUCCUGGUUUAAUCUAUGACAUGGAUGAAUUUGGUUAUGUCCAGUUCUUAUGCCAUGAGGGAUAUAAUGGUUCCACUUUAUCAAUAUUAAUUGGCUCUCCUGUAAAUUGCACUUCAUUGCUUCCUGGGAUUGGCCAUGAUGCCAUUAACUAUCCAAGCAUGCAGUUAAGUGUGAAAAGAAACACAGAAUCAACAAUAGGAGUUUUCAGGAGAAGAGUUACCAAUGUAGGUCCUGGACCAACAAUGUAUAAUGCUACCAUUAAAUCACCAAAAGGUGUGGAAAUUACAGUGAAGCCUACUAGCUUGAUUUUCUAUCAUACCCUGCAGAAAAAGAACUUCAAGGUAGUUGUGAAAGCAAAAUCUAUGGCAAGCAUGAAAAUUGUAUCAGGUUCACUUAUUUGGAGAAACCCUCGUUACAUUGUUAGAAGCCCUAUUGUUAUCUAUAGUUCAUAAAGUAACAAUUAAUAGUGGCCAAAAUCAAGCUUGUAUGUGUGACACUUGUUUCAAUUCUU